GUGUUGGGAGCCCAGACUCCGCCAUGGUGGCCAGGCUGCUGAGCGCUGCCCUGGGAGUCCUCGUGAUGUUCCGGAUGCAGGCCGAGGUGGCCACGCUGAACCUGGACCGGCAGAAGAUUCUAGGAUUCUGGCGGGAAGUCGGUGUGGCCUCUGACCAAAACCUGGUGCUGAAGGCCCCGAAGAGGGUGGAGGGCUUGUUCCUCACCCUGAGCCAAGGCAACCUGACAGUGACAGUCGCAUACAACAACUCAGGACGCUGCGAGACAGAACACGUGGUGGGCUCGGAGAACAGGUCAGGGAGGUUCACCUUCCCUGGGCAGAGAGAGAUCCUCGUGCUCGACACGGACUACGAGCAUUUCCUCAUCCUGAGGGUGUCCCUGCUCUGGCGGGGCAAGCACUUCCACGUGCUCAAGUACUUGAGACAGCAGUCCCUGCCCUCGCACUCCGAGGGCCCUGUGCUGCCCCGAGUCCUCAGUGCCCCAGGCCCCUCGGCAGCCUCUGCAGGUGACACGGGUGCUCUGGGGAGGAUGUGCCACCCUGGGACGGUGCCGGUGUCCUCCCCUCCAGUUCCAGGACAGACAGGAAAGCAGCACCUUGGCAGUGUCCACCUCCCCACGACGGGUGCCUAUCACCCACCUGCGUUUGUUCGCAUCCUCCUCGGCCCAACCCUCUGA